CUGCGCGCCCUGCCGCCCCCGGGCCGCUUCACUCUUGCCCUCCCCUCCGCAGGCAACAAGGAGCGCGGCUGGAACGACCCGCCGCAGUUUUCCUACGGGCUGCAGACCCAGGCCGGCGGACCCAAGCGCACUCCGCUCACCAAGAGGGUCGCCGCUCCCCAGGAUGGAGCCCCCAGAGUCCCCACCUCAGAGACUUCUCCUGGGGCCCCCCCAAUGGGGCCUCCACCUCCUUCAAGUACAGUUUCCAGGCCCCCAGCUGUGGGGAGUUGUCCUGCCUCCACUGUGGACCCCACAGAUCUCCCAGUCAUUGAGUGUGAGACUCUACUGGAAGAUGUGCUGAGACCUCUGGAACAGGCACUGGAUGAUUGCCGUGGCCACACAAAGAAGCAGGUAUGUGAUGACAUCAGCCGACGCCUGGCUCUGCUGCAGGAACAGUGGGCUGGAGGGAAGCUGUCAAUGCCUGUAAAGAAGAGGAUGGCUCUGCUGGUGCAAGAGCUUUCAAGCCACCGGUGGGAUGCAGCAGAUGACAUCCACCGCUCACUCAUGGUUGACCACGUGACUGAAGUCAGUCAGUGGAUGGUGGGAGUUAAAAGAUUAAUUGCAGAAAAGAGGAGUCUGUCUUCAGAGGAGGAGGCUGAUGAAGAGAAAUCUGCAGCCACAGCCGAGGAGAACCAGACUGUACCAGGUGUCCAACAGGACUCAUAAUCCUGUGGGUUCCUCAGACUCACCUGACCAUCUCCUAUGCCUAGGCAUGGGAGGCCUUGUCUUACUUGGCUCCCUCUUAGCACUUGGGAGACUGACUGCCCUGCUGGGGUUCUUGGCCUGACCCACCUCUGGGGGAAGAGGUCCCACCUGGGCCACAGGGAGGUCACUUGUUACCCCUAACAUAUGCAUUUCAAUAAAAAACAUCUCAAUGUGGGCCCUGGGUAGGUGAUAAAUCCUUCUUAUUCCAAACUGGUCACUUCUGGUGUCCUUGACUGUGUACCCUACAAACCUCUGUUCUUCCUCCAUUCAUCAUGAAUGGUCUUACUAGGCAUGACCUAGUAAGACUAGGCAGAUUACUGUCUGCCACUUCCCCCAAAAUAGAACUAAAUGCACAUCCCUUGCUGGGCCGAGUAACCCUGUCUUUGUAUGAUUUUAUUUCAGCAUGAGAACAGAGGUUUGAAUAGCAUGGGGAGAAUUUUCCAAGAAAAGGAGACUGCCUUGUUUGCACUGUAUCACCCUUAAGUUAUGCAAGUGCUAUGGAAAUUAGAAUCAGAUUAUUAGAACAUAGCUGAAAUAAAUUGGAGAAAAAGA